AUGAGCAGCUUGUGCCUGCAGCGUUUGCAAGAGGAAAGAAAAAAAUGGCGGAAAGACCAUCCCUUUGGGUUCUACGCCAAGCCAUGCAAGAAAGCUGACGGAUCAAUGAAUCUACAGAAAUGGGAGGCUGGAAUUCCAGGCAAGGACGGCACUCUUUGGAAGGACGGUGUAUACCCUGUGACCAUCGAGUACCCAGACGACUACCCUUCUAAACCACCCAAGGUGAAGUUUCCGGCAGGCUUUUACCACCCAAACAUAUACCCUAGCGGUACGGUGUGCCUAAGUAUUUUAAAUGAAGAUCAGGAUUGGAGACCGGCCAUCACUCUCAAACAAAUCGCCCUUGGGAUUCAGGAUUUGCUCAAUAGUCCCAACCCGGACUCACCAGCUCAAGAGCCGGCUUGGAGAGCUUUUUCGAAGAACAAGAAGGAAUACGAAAGGAUUGUGAUAGAGCAGGCUAAGGAGUACACGAAAUAA